GUGCUGGUCGCAGAGUGUCGUGUUGGAGGACUUAGUUGGCCCGAUUCAGUUAUCGCGUAGCCGCCGUGUGUGACGGACAGAAGCCGAUGCCUGGACCCAAAGUUUUUCGGGCGCCAAGUGCAUUCAAUUAACAUAAAAUGUAAUUAGAGACCCUCGAUCUCACGCUCUCGCCGUUUCUAUUAAUUAAGCGCAAACAAUGGAAAGUGAGCAGCGGCGACCAAACUAAAAGCCAUUAAAGCGCCUGCGAAUUAUUUAUGGCAUUCCAUAUUAAACGAGCAGCAAGUGCAAUUGGAAUUCAAUCAAGUUAAACGGAAAUUGUCGCAAAUUAAAAUUGAGUUUCCAUUUACAUUCAGCCUCCAUAAAUUGGCGUAGCUGCGAAAAUCGUUGCCCACUUAAGAGGGUCCACAUUUAGCAGGCACAGCAUCAGCAUCAGCAUUGUAAAUGCAGCAUUUCACUCUCGAGUGCCGAGAUGAAAAGGUACAAGUGUGCAUUCUAAAAAUAACAAACAACUCGACUGAGAUAAAAACAGCAGCUGCGACUGAGGUACAAAGUGCUAACGUAAACACAGCCGGAGAAGGAGCGUAAACAAACAUCGGAGCAUCCUGAAACGGCGAACAAACAGCGGCGAAGGUUGUCCUGCCGGGUCCUUGCCAUUCUGCUGCUGAAGUGUGUGUGUGUGCUUCUGUGUGUUUGGGCCAAAAUCAAGAGCCAAAAGCAAGUGAAAAAAUGUGCAAGUAAUGUGCAGCGAGUAAAGUGCAAUGCCAUCCGUGAAAUCCGCCGAAAGUGAUAUUUUUCUUGGGAUUAUUAGGAGCGACAGCAUGACAAACGGCAACUCCUUGAGGUCCUCUCUUCUGCUGGCCACCAUCCUGGGAUUACUCUGCCGGACCAAGGCCUUGCCCUUCGAGUAUGUAGAUGAGCACGAGGACUUCAACUACGACCUGGACACGGCGCAGUCCCAGGCCAAGUACGAUGCCCGUCUGCUCUCCCAGCAGAUGCUCAGCGACGCGGAGUUGCAGCGCCAGAAAGUGAGCGGGGCCCAGGACAACGCCUUGGACGCCGACUCGGCGAGAGCUCAAGGGACUGGAGCGGGAUCCGACUCGGAAGCCGCUUCCGCGGCCCAGGAGGACCUGGAGCCGCACAGCAGAGCAGCCGCGUGCUCCACCAACGGCCACAAGUACACGCACGGACAGAAGGUGCCCCGCCAGGAUGCCUGCGAGGUGUGUCUCUGCAUGGACGGCGAGAUCUUCUGCUGGUGGGAGAAGUGCGAUAAGACCAAUGUCAACAGGGCGACGGGAGGCAGCCACAACGUUGGACUUGGACUUGGUGUUGGCGCAGGCGAAGGCGACGGCGACGGCAACGGCGACAACGACGGCGAUGGUGACUAUUCAGAUCCAUAUCGCUACGAGAGCACAACGGGAAAGUCAACAAAAGUGCAUAAAGCGGCUAGGAAAGUUGGCAAGCGGCAUAAGCAUCACAAGAAUCAAAAGAAUUUUAAUGACUACGAAGUUUACCACAGCCAGAGGCAGCAGCAGCAGCAGCCGGAUUAUAAAAAGUCCGCCAUAAAGCAACAGCUUCAGAUCCAGCAAAAACACAAGAGCGACGUUGGUGCCAACUACAAUAUAAUCAAGCAACACAAACACGAGCAGCAACAGCAGCACAAGUUGCCGCAGCAGCAGCAGCAGCAACAGAAGCAGAAUGUGGAAGCUUUGGCUGUUAAUCAGGCGGCAAAGGCAACGCAUUAUCAGCAGCCAGCUUCGAGUCCGCCCCCGCAACAUGGCCACCAUCCGCACCAGCCACCGCAUUCGUCCAGCAAAAUCCUGAACUUCCCCGAAAACUUGCCAGCCCUGCUGUACUAUGACUACAAGACCGAGGAGCACGAGCACCACCAGCACCAGCACCACCAGCAGCACUUGCUGCACGAAAAACAGCGUCUGCUGCAACAGCAACAAGAGGCGUUGGCGCGACAGAAGGCCUCUGAGUCCGCAUCGAGGGCUAGAACUGGAGCUGGAGCUGGAGCUGGAGUUGGGGCUGUUGCUUUGCCAGAUACAGCCGUUGAACUCUCCGCUGACUUGGCCGUUGAUAAAAACUCUGAUGAGGCGGAAACCGACAGCGAUAUUUUGCCAGAGCCUCCGACAAAGCAGCCCAGGGCAGCUGCCUCUGCCUCUGCCCCUGCCUCUGCCUCUGCCUCACAAUGGCCAGCCAGCAGUAGCAGCAGCAGCAGCAUGGCCAAGGCGAUGAUGACAACGACAGUCCGGGCAGUUGCCACAGUGGCAUCCACGUCUGCAACGACGGCAAGGACAACGACAAAGACAACGAUUCCGACGACGACGACGACAACGACAACGAGGACAGCGACAGGAACAAAUGGAAUGGUGACAAGCACGCUUUCUGGUCUGGAGAAGUCCGGGCUAACAGUUGGAGCCACAAAUCUGCAACAUGAUCGCAGUGGACCUGACAACGCGGAGCCUGACGACGCCUUUCACCGCUGGCUGACAUCCACCGAGCUGAAUGCUGACAACACAAACUCGCUCGACGAUAACUUGGAGCAGGAAACGCCGGCAUCGACAAUAAUCGAUGAUGUUGGCACGACGGCCAACAAGAGUGACAGGAGUAGCAGCAGCAGCAGCAGCAGCAGCAGCAGCAGCAGCAGCAGCAGCAGCAGCAGCAAAGACAAUGGCAACGAUGCCGUCUUCUUUCGCAGCUCGUACAACGAUUACAGCAGUGAAUUCAAUGGGAGCGUUGUCAAUAUUGACAUUACACUAACUGCAGUUGAUGUGCAUCCCCGUCGCCAAACGGAUUUAAUUGCAAAUGGCAACAGAACGUCAGGCGUUAACGACAAUGGCAACAGCAACAGAAACAGCAACAGCAACAGCAACAUCAACAGCAGCAACGAUGGAACAGCAGGGACAACAAUGGACCCACAGGCAGACGGCAGCAUGAGAAGCAUCAGCAGCAGCAAUCAGGAUCAGCCUCAGCAGAGCCCUGUUGUUCCGCCGUACACGCUGACAACGAUUAUAACAACAACGCCACCGGCACCAGGGCGUAUGUGCAAUGUUUUGGGCAAACUGUAUAAAAUUGGCGACGUUCUGCCACAGGAUACGGGCAACUGUCUGCAGUGCAUCUGCACGGACGCCGUGACACCCGACGAGAUGCCGAGCGUCACCUGCAGUCCGCACAAUUGCCCGCCGCUGGUUCUGCCGGAUCUGUUCGACGCGACUGGUUACUGAGGUUACGGGUUUGUGCUGUAAGUUGGCGCGGAUGGGGGGUGGUGGUGGUGGCAGAUGGUUGGUGCCAGGUGCCAGGUGCCACGCCCCUGAAGCGCAUUUGGGCGGGAGGUGUGGGAGCUUUGAAUGGAUCGAAUCGUGAUUUAAAUUUUGAAACCGAAGCCACAACUGCAGCAAGCCAUAGCAAUCGAAUAGAACUCACACUCAGAGCCCAGAGCAGAACUCACUCUCAUAUUGCAUGUCAAGGUCUCAACAAACUCAAUAUAAAUUGUAUGGAUUUCAGUGUAAAGCCCUCCCUAUCACGAGUGCCCCCAGCACUCUCUAAAAGCAAAACCUAUCAACCAGCAUAUAUUAUAUUCGUAUAAAACUACAUAUAUAUAUAUAUAUAUAUAUUGAUCUAUACUGACCAGAGAAGAGAGAAGAAGGACGGAUGUUGUAGUUCAGGCACAGUUUAGAUUGUAAGCUGAAUGUUUAUGCAUUUUAUAUGAAUCCGAAGUCAUCCCUCUCCAUAACGUAGUUGAUCGAAGCCAACAAGAAACCAUUAAAUGUAUACAGCAGUAGAAAUCGUAAUGAAUUUAUAGAUGUACCACAACAAACAAAAUAUAUAUAUAUAUCAACAUAUACAUAUAUCUAUCUAUAUCUAUACCUCUAUCUAUACCUAUGUGUGUAUCGAGUUCAGUUGGAUCAGUUUAAAGAUUAUUUCCCGACUGAGACAAAAGCGCGCAGAGUUCUCCACACAUUUAACAAAAGGAGAAAAGCAAAUGGAAAAACUUAUACAAAUAUAGGCAACUAAAUCUAUAACGAAAAAAACUGAACAAUGACAAAUAAUGAACAAACGUGUGUAAUAUUUUAAUUUUGAUAUUAAAAAGCAAACAAGGUACUUCUCAUUUGCAUGCAUGGACGUUAUUGUUUCGCGCUUCUUUUAGAAAUUUAACUAUACGUAAUCUGCGAAUCGAAAAAUGAAGUAGCGUGUAUGGAGUUGUUUUAACAAAGCUGAACUUGGCAAAGAAAGACACCAUAUCGAGUAGUUAUAACAAUUUUAAGACAUAACCCCUAUUUGUAUUUAAUAUAUACUUAGAAACUCUCAUAUAGAUUCAGUGAAUUCAAAAUUUACAGCGACUUCCGAAAAUGUAUUUGUUUUGGUUUCUGGUGGCAAAGACAGCAUUUAUUUCAAAGCAAGUUUAGGCGUGAUAAACAUUGAUUUAUUCGGAAGGGGUUAAAUUAAGUGAAGCAUACUUGAAAAGUAGAAAACAAUUUCGAUUAUAAGGCAAAUCAAAAUAACUUCGAGCGAGUUUUUUGUAAGCGAGUUCGAACAAAACUAUAAUGUCAUAUGAAACUAUGAAAUCAAAAUGCAAAAUAUACGUACACACAUACAUAUAAACCGAGCGUACACACAAGCAAACAAACAUAAAUAUUUAUUAUUGAUGUUCCACAAGAGAAGCGCAAACAGAAAAGCAUAUUAUAAAUUCAAAGAGAAAAUAGAACAAAUUCUUCUUGGACGAGCGUAUUAAAAAUGUAUACAAAUAUGCGUAUUUAUAGUAUGUGUAAAAUAAAUGUAACUACAACUCUCACUAAUCUGCAAGCUCGCACUCAGAUGCACGAGCAUCUCUGUGUUUAAAUGGAAUUUGUGUUUGAAAUCAAAUGGAAAUCAGAUCGACAUGAAUAAACCGAAGUCCAACUAAGGCAUUUCGAAA